GUGGGACGCGCAGAUCUAAAAAAUUUCCUAUCCAGACCAGCAAAGGAGCAAAUCACCUUCCACAGCCACAGAGGUUUGCAAUGCAUCUCACCCUUAAUGGAGACAGUAGAAGAGACUCCUCAGCCCAUCGCAACAAAAAUAAAAGGACAUAUUCCGAAAUGGAUUAAAGGCAAUCUUCUGAGGAAUGGGCCUGGGAAGUUUGAGUUUGGUGAGGAGAAAUUUAACCACUGGUUUGAUGGCAUGGCCCUGUUGCAUCAGUUCCAGCUGGAGAAUGGCACAGUGACAUACCGGAGCAAGUUUCUGCAGAGCAAUUCCUACUUGACCAACAGCCACAACAACCGCAUCGUGGCCUCAGAAUUUGGGACACUGGCAAUGCCAGAUCCAUGCAAGAGUGUCUUUGGGCGCUUCAUGUCACGCUUCGAGAUACCACAGCCAAGUGACAAUGCCAGUGUGAACUACGUUAUGUAUAAAGGAGACUACUAUGUCAGCAGUGAGAAUAUCUUCAUGCACAGAGUGGACCCAGAGACACUUGAAACGAAGGAGAAGGUAGACUGGAGCAAAUUUGUUGCUGUGAAUGGGGCCACUGCUCAUCCUCAUUAUGAGUCUGAUGGGACAGCAUACAACAUGGGCAAUUCCUACGGGAAACAUGGGUCUAGAUAUAAUAUCAUUCAGAUCCCUCCACAAAAGUCAAACUGCAGUGAUAUGUUAGAGGGAGCAAAAGUGCUGUGCUCCAUUGCUCCAAUGGAUAAGAUUAAACCCUCCUAUUAUCACAGCUUUGGAAUGAGCAAAAACUACAUCAUCUUUGUCGAGCAACCCAUUAAGUUGAAUCUGCUGCAGAUUAUCACUUCCAAACUCCGUGGGAAGCCCAUUUCUGAAGGGAUAAGCUGGGAGCCUCAGUACAACACCUACUUCCAUAUUGUGAAUAAAAACACUGGAGAGGUGCUGCCGGGGCAGUGGUAUAGCAAGCCCUUUGUUACUUUCCAUCAAAUCAAUGCCUUUGAAGAUCAUGGCUGUGUGGUUCUUGACUUGUGCUGCCAGGAUAGUGGGACAGCACUGGCUACUUACAAACUUCAGAAUCUGCGGAGGACUGGGGAAGGCCUAGAUCAGAUUUAUAACUCAAUACCCCGAGCUUUCCCUCGCCGCUUUGUUCUCCCACUGAAUGUGAAUUCGGACACACCUGUGGGGAAGAAUCUGAACCCUCUGUCUUACACAUCAGCAAGAGCUGUGAAAGAUGAAGAUGGUAAGGUCUGGUGCACGCAUGAAAAUCUCCACCCGGAGGGCUUUGAAAAUGUUGGGGGCUUGGAGUUCCCCCAGAUUAACUACACUCUUUACAACGGUAGGAAAUAUCGUUUCUUCUAUGGGUGUGGCUUUCGGCAUUUGGUUGGAGAUUCCUUGAUGAAGGUUGAUGUGGAGACUAAGACAUUCAAGAUCUGGCAGGAGGAUGGAUCCUACCCAUCUGAGCCUGUGUUUGUGCCAAUGCCUAAUGCCAUGGCAGAAGACAGCGGGGUCAUCUUGUCUGUUGUGGUCUCCCCAGCUGAGAACCGAAGCACUUUCCUGCUUGUCUUGGAUGCAGAGACCUUUAGAGAACUGGGGCGAGCAGAAGUCCCAGUGCAAAUACCUUACGGAUUCCACGGCAUCUUUGCUUCCCGCUGACAGAAAACUGCUGCCUGCUAUAACUUGGGGCCAAGAUAGGCUCAGAAAGAAACCUCUGCUUUCUUUUACCUCCUACCUUUGCACUGUGUUCUGGAUGAAGGAACUGUUUCUUCUCUGUCAUAACCUCUGAGUUACUGCUGCAUUCACAAAUAUAUACUAUAAAGGGUCUGAAACAUACUCUGAGGAAGACAGUAGCCCUAUCACUCCAACAGCCUGCUGCUUUAUUUUAUUUUGCUGAUUACCCUGCUAGGCCAAUUAGCAGCAGUUCACAAAGGCUGCCAUAUGUAAGGCUUGCAAGGGAGAAAAUGGAAACUAAGAUGACCGUUCCUUUCUCCUGGUACCAGUGUGCUCUGAAGGGAAGACACCAAUCAGUAUCUGCACUUUGGCUGUAGUGGAAGGAGAAGGAGGAAAUAAAAACAAGUGGUAGCAUCUGGGUCCAAUGCAAGGAUGUAGUUUCACCCCUACUCCAUAAAGAUUGCCUUCAGCAAAGAUCGGAGGGUAGAGGCAAAGGCUUACAGGAGCUGUACUUGUAGUGCUGUUCUGUUUACACUAACAGUGCCCUGAAAUAAAAACAUCGGAAUUCCUU